GGAAUUGCGUCACGGCACUUCCGGCGCGGCGGCUCCAAGAUGGCGGCGCUGGCUCUGAGGGGUUUGGGGCGGCGCUGCCUCCUGGCCCGGCUGGGGCCCGGCCCCACCCUGCACCAGGCCGUCCCCAUGGCCACCACGGCCCGGGAGGAGAUGAGGAGGUUCUGGGAGAGGAACGAACGCUCGGGGCGGCCCCUGUCCCCCCACGUCAGCAUCUACAAGUGGUCGCUGCCCAUGGCCAUGUCCAUCACCCACCGCGGCACCGGCGUCGCCCUCAGCCUCGGUGUGUCCCUGUUCUCGGUGGCCGCGCUGCUGCUCCCUGAGCAGUUCCCCCAUUACCUGGCCCAGGUGCGGGCGCUCAGCCUGGGCCCCACCCUCGUGUGCUCGGCCAAGUUCCUGCUGGCCCUGCCCCUGUGCUACCACACCUGGAACGGCGUCCGCCACCUGGCCUGGGACCUGGGCAAGGGGCUGAAGCUGCCGCAGGUGACGCAGUCGGGGCUGCUGGUGCUGGCCCUGACCCUGCUGUCCUCGGCCGCGCUGGCGGCGCUGUGACAGCCCCGGGGUGUUCCCAGAUCCCGAAAUCCCGAAUUCCGGGAAUCCCGAAA